AUGUUCGACAGAAUCGUAAAGCCCCUCAAAUGGUUUUACCAUGAGUUCGGCAUCGCCGCGAUCCACGAGACCGGUCGGAAUGCCUACCUUAUUAUCUUGGCGCGGACGUGCCGUAUGUUUGCGUACGGGACCAAUGCACUGAUUUUAGCCAUCUUCUUCUCCGCCUUGGGGAUAUCGGAUCAUCAAAUCGGCCUGUUCAUGACGUUUACGCUGGUGGGAGAUGUUAUCCUCGGAACGUUUCUUACGCUCGUCGCAGACCGUGUCGGGAGACGAAAGGUCUUGCUCGGUGGCUCUGUACUGAUGAUAAUGAGCGGUCUCAUCUUUGCUAUCUUUGAAAAUUUCUGGAUUUUGCUCUUCGCUGCAAUUGUCGGUGUUAUUAGUAUUACCGGCGGAGACUUUGGACCAUUCCGAAGCAUCGAAGAGUCUAUAAUAUCGCAGCUCACUACCCCUUCGACAAGAGCAGAUGUAUUGUCGUGGCAUGUCACCACGGCACUAUUUGGCUCGUCGUUGGGAAGUGAAUUGUCAGGAAGAGUCCUCCGCUACCUGCAGAGUAAGGAUAAUUGGACCGAAGUCGACUCAUACCAUGCCCUCUUUUGGAUAUAUGCCGUAAUGGGCGUUGUUAACCUUGUAUUGGUCCUAUUUCUAACAGAUGCAUGUGAACUACAGCCAGAGAAGGAAGCCUAUACAGAGCUCACACAAGAUGAUAGCACAGAUGACACUGACGUAGAUGCGGGCCAUUUUGAAGAGUCCUCAGAGGUGACUCCUACCCCUCGGGCAUCUCGAAAUUGGGUUAUUCGGAUCUUUAGGUGGCUAUCGGAUCAACUAGCCCAAAUAUCACCGUCAACCCGAUCGGUGAUGUAUAAACUUUGGUUCCUGUUGGCUGUCGAUUCACUUGCAGACGGAAUGGUGCCGUACUCACUAACCAAUUAUUACAUGGACGAAAAGUUUCAUCCGGCCAAGUCAACCCUUGGCGAUAUUACUUCGUUCAGUUACUUCAUGGGAGCAAUCUCAGCGUCGUUCGCAGGUCCUCUAGCGCGGAAAAUCGGGUUGAUCAACACAAUGGUGUUUACUCACACUCCAUCCUCAGCCGCUGUGUUACUCUUCCCUUUUCCACCCUAUCUUUGGAUGACGGCAGGGCUUUUACUCGUCCGUGCAGGGUUAAAUAAUAUGGACCAAGCACCACGGGCAGCUUUCAUAGCAGCGGUGGUGAAGCCCGAGGAACGAACGGCAGUUAUGGGCAUCACGUCUACUAUUAGAACUCUAGCCGCUACGACGGGGCCCACAGUCACCGGAAUGUUGGCUUCGAGCGACCGAUUUUGGAUUGCAUUCAUUGUGGCAGGUAGCUGUCGCUUAUCAUAUGACUUCGGCCUAUAUGCAAUGUUCGUGAACAUGAAACUUCACACGCAUGAAAAGCCGGCCGACCUGUCUAAUCAGCAUGGCCCGAGACGAGUCCCUGACGAAGAGAUGGAGUUAGAGAGUCUCGCUGACACGGAUAGCGGAAGCGAAGAGACAGGUUCUGAUUUCUCAGAACCGGAGACGGCUACUCUUCAAGUUCCUGACAAUAGUAAUCAGAGAAUUCGAAGUAGAAGUCCACGCCGAGCAGAGAUCUAG